AUGCUGCGAGAGGAACCGCCCGGACAAUCCUUUCACGAGUAUCGGCAAUUCAUGGCACAGGAAGCCGCUCGGUCCGCAUCGGAAGACAGUAGGAUCCUUGCCGCUAUCUUUCACCUGCUUCCCAAUCUAAAACAAAUCAUCUUGCGGCCGCCGCCACAUGGAACGACCGCUCGGCGCCCCCGGUACGCUGCCAUUGUCAGCAGGUUGGGAAUUGCUCCUCGACCCCGGCGGGCUGAUCAGCUGAUUAACCGCGUAUGCGAUGCUGCGUCACAGUUCCCAAGGAUACGGUCCAUUGAAAUUGUGAGUAAGGUCCUGGCUUCAUCCCUUGCAGACCUGCAAAGACUCCAAGGACUCACGGAGCUGAUCAUCAGAUCCCUGGUUAUGACCCCGGAUCAUCACGACGAGGAUAGCCCUGGUAAUGAAGCAUGGGACUUUCUCGAGGCAAUCCCAAAGCUCCUGCAUCUCAACGUCAGUUUGGAACCAACCAACACGCACCAUUUGCCACUUGGCUCGGCCUCGCUACCCAGUUUGCGAACGCUUCAUCUCGGCGGCGUUCAUCUCGGCGAGGAACAACUCGUGAACCUGGCUGCUGGCAGUAUGCUGAGGUCCCUGGAGCUCUGCGAUACGACACUGGUGUCGGGAGACUGGGUAUCCUGCUUUUCGAGGAUUAGAGACCUAGCCAGGGGCUUGCGUGUGAACGUAGAAGGUACUUUGACAGAUCACAUUCACGCGUGCGCCGUGCGGGGCGAGUUUCUCGAGUUGCUCCGGAGGUUCAUGAGCGACGAUGGCAUGGAAUGGCCGUUGGGACAUGAGCAGCAUCCUAGACGAGUAGGGUUCGUGUUGGCUCACAAGAAUCGUCUUGGAAGCCCUUGA